UGCAAACUUCGAAGAUUCCUUGUCUUUGAACCAUGUUAAUGUUAUGUUACAGGCGUAAUCAUUUGUUUUGUAUACUAAGCGAUGGUGUACGGGGAGGUUGGUGCUGUGGAUGAGUGUUACCGAACCGAUCAAGGCUCCGAGUUGGAACAGUACUCGGAAAUCAAAAUCUAAUUUGAUUGCCGGCUUUUUGAUUGAUUUCGCACCGUUUCACCUCUUGAGGCGUGGCCACAUUUCCAUUGCCAUCAUGCUGAUUUUGGUGAUACAAGGGCUGAACGGUGGUAUAUCUAGCACGAGCACUAUCGUCAUACAUCACUGACAUUCCCAUUCGCUCACCCAUCCCUCGAACAUGACAUACGUCUCAAAUGAUCGCAGUUACUGGCCGAAUAUCAAUUUGGAUAUUUUUGUCAGCUAUUGGACAGUUGCCGCGGGCGUCGUGGUGGUAUACGAUUGGGUCUUAACACUCGGACAAGAGAUUGAACUCAUCUGGAGACAACGCUGGUCUCUCAUGACCGUGCUGUAUUUGAUUAUACGCUAUAUUGGAAUACCGUAUUCUGUUGUCAUUAUUCUAGGAUUUGCGCCAUUUGUCUCGCUGCCAGAUGCAGGAUCUAGAACGAUGCUCAUCUUCUUUGUUAUUACCUUUCUGGCUGUUACCAUCCCCUGCGGAGUAAUCUUGGCAAUAGACCUCAAGUACGUUGUAGGGGAGGAACUGAUACUCUCCGGCAGGUAUAUGUGUGGUUAUGUAUAUGAAGGGGACGCCCAAUUUCUGCUCUCAAUGCUUUGGAUGCUCAACACUGUUUGGGAGGUCCUCGCACUGUGUCUUUCAGUUUGGGUUGCUGUGAAACACUUCCGUGAGCUGCGACGACUCGGCCCAUCGACAGGAUCGACCAUCGGGGACUGUCUCAGAGUGCUGAUACGAUCUCACGUGCUUUAUUUUGCAAGCUUUGUUGGUGUCUCUUACCUUCAGCUUGUUGAACUCUCUCCAGAAAUCUUGAGUUCAUAUUCUGUCGAAGCUCGAGUAGUACUCGAUGGCUCUCUUCAAAUUUUAUUGGUCGUACAGAUGUUUGUGCUGGGACCACGACUCAUCCUGGGCGUUCGAGAAUACCACGCCAAACUCGUGGCAGGCUCCGACACAGAAAUCAGCAUGAAUUCAAUUGUCUUCCAAGAGCUUGUACAUGUAUCAACUAGCAGUACUGUGUAG